AUGCCAGGGUCACGGAGGUAACUUCCCCUCGGAUCCGCCCUUUUUAUCUGGCUCAGUGGCUCCCCCACCUUUCCCUGGCCCGACGACGCCCCCAUUUCGAGGCUCCUCCUUGCGAUUCCAAUCCCCGCCCGCCUCCUCCGCCUCCGCGUCCGCCUCGCGCAGGCUUAUAGUAGUCAUGGAACACAAGGAGACGGGCUGCCAGCAACCGGAGGGCCCAAUACUAUGCAUCAACAACUGUGGCUUCUUUGGCAGUGCGGCCACCAUGAACAUGUGCUCCAAGUGCCACAAGGAGAUGAUAAUGAAGCAGGAGCAUUCCCAGCUGGCUGCCUCCUCCAUUGAUAGCAUUGUCAAUGGCGGUGAUGGUGGGAAAGGCCCUAUCAUAGCUGCAACCGCAGAGGUGGCGGUUGCUCAAGUUGAGGAGAAGACUAUUGUUGUGCAGCCUCCAUUUGUAGCUGAAACCAGCGAGGCUGCUGCCAUUAUCCCCAAGGCCAAGGAAGGUCCGAACCGGUGCGCAACCUGUAGGAAGCGGGUUGGUCUGACGGGAUUCAACUGCCGAUGCGGUAACAUGUACUGUGCGUUGCACCGCUACUCCGACAAACAUGACUGCCAGUUUGACUACCAGACUGCAGCUAGGGAUGCGAUUGCCAAGGCCAAUCCUGUGGUGAAGGCGGAGAAGCUUGAAAAGAUCUGAAGGGGGCAAUGGGGAACGAAAUGGGUUGCGAUCUGCAAGAUUCAAUCAUGCAUCUUUGCUGCUUUAUCAUUGAACAUCCCAUUCUUGUUUGCUGCCACAUCCCUGAGUCGUUCAACACUAUGAUGCUCACGCAUCCUGGCAGCUGCAAGAAGUCAUCCUCAGUCGAGUCCAAAAUGGUUUGCGUGUUGGCUAUGUUGUGUAAGCUUAUUCAGUUAUUCAUGGUGGUUUCAGUCGGUAUUGUGGCAUUUCCAUUUAGGUAGCUCUGUAAUGUACUACUGUCUCAUGCGUGUUACAUUCCAAUCAGUAAUAGUAAUCAGCAAUGGUCUGCAAUAUUUCCUCUUAA